AUUAAUUUCUCACUUGCUAAUUCUUCUUCUUCUUCUUCUUUCUCAUUUUGUGAACAAACAAAAAAUGGAUGAGUCUCUUAAAUAUUCUAGCAUUUUUAUGUGCAUGAUUAUGCUUCUGCCAGCAUUUUCCUACAGCCAAACUUUAGUUUCCAAAGCAUCCUUUUAUAGUACUUCUGAUGGCAUGGGAACACCAUCUGGUGCAUGUGGUUAUGGAGACUAUGGUAAAGAUGUGAACAAUGGAGAGGUGUGCACAGCCUCUAGGCGUAUCUAUAGAAAUGGAGCUGGUUGUGGUGCAUGCUACCAGGUAAGGUGCAAGAACACAGCAUUGUGCAGUGCAGAGGGAACAAAAGUAGUGGUGACAGACAGUGCAGAUGGACAAGAAACAGACCUCAUUCUUAGCUUUAAAGCCUAUGCAAAAUUAGCUAAAAAUCCAAACUUGACACCUAAACUAUGUGGCAAAGGGGUAGUAGAUAUUGAAUAUAGAAGAGUUUCUUGUGGUUAUGGGGGGAAUCUCAUGGUUAAAAUUCAUGAACGUAGCAAGUACGCUGAGUACCUUGCUAUUGUUGUCUUGAACCAAGGUGGUGCCACUGACAUCCAUGUUGUCGAAGUCUACGAGGAAGAGAGCCAACAGUGGAUAUCAAUGAGAAAGGCAUAUGGUGCAGUGUGGGACUUGUCAAGUCCACCAUGUGGAGACCUUAAAGUGAGGUUCCUAACAAGUACAAGUGUUGAAACCAAAUGGGUUCAAUCAGACAAGGCUGUGAUUCCUUCUCAAUGGAAAGCUGGACUUACAAUUGAAACUGACAUUCAGCUCACUUAAUUAUUAUACUAUAUAUAUAAAUAUAUCUACUAAGUACUAGUUAAUUUGGGCGAUUUCUUAAACUAUGUGUUUAUUUAGCUAAAAAGAAGAUAUUUAGAAGUUAUGGAAUAUGUGUGUUUUACUUUUGGCAUGGUUAGUUGUAAGUUGUUAAGGGUUAUGUAUAUUCUGUAUUUCUGUUUUGUGAGAAUUAUUAUGAAUAAAAAGUCGCCAUUUCCAUUUUUA